UACGUUUCCUCUUCUUUGUUUACGAUUCUCCCUGAUUUCGCAGUUCUCGGUUCUCGUCGCCUGUUGCUCGGUGUUCAGUUCGGUCCGAUUCCCUCCAUCGCACCUUAUCAUCCGUCCCUUCCCGUUAUCAGUUACUGUCUUAGUGUCUCCAACCCACGAGAAGCAGCACAAUUUGCGUAAUUCUCCCAAUAAGAAUGAGCUAUUGAGCGUAUCGUUAUGAGCCAAGGUCAGUGCGCGGAACCCGGAACCGUCGUCCACGUGAAUCUGCUCUUCUUCGCCAAAGCGCGCGAACUCACCGGAACGUCGUCACAGGCGAGCUUUCCGCUUUCAACUGGGUCAGGAGACUUGUUGAACGGCGCGCAGAUUUUGGCCGCGAUUUGUGCCCACUUUCCGGAGCUGCGCCCGAUCCGGGACCAUGUUAUAAUCGCCGUCAACGAGCAGUACUGCGAGGAUUUGACGGAGGCGUUGGCGAUUCGGGACGGGGACGAGGUUGCCGUGAUUCCGCCGAUUGCCGGAGGUUAACUUAGGGACGAUGGGGUCGA